GUCUCGUUGCUUCACUGUGAUCUCGGGCUGGCGGCGGGACUUGUUUAUUAGUGAGUUUUAAACAUAGACAGUAUAAGAACAGUUUUAAGAAGCUCCAGAAUCCAGAGUGAGUCCAGCAGCCCCAGUGGACAUCUGCUGGAUUUCAGGACAAGAGAGGAAUGGAGGAGGACAACCAGAACCAGGAGCAGCGGAGCAACAAGGUCCCCAGAAGACAAGCAGCAGACUGGGACUCUGAUACCAGCCAUGUUCAGGAGCCCUCAGCAGACGUCAAGCUGGCGACCGGAGCAGGAAAGAAGGGCAAGAAGGCAGAGGAGGAGGAGCAGCCUGCACCACCUCCUGCAGCUGCAGCAGUGAAGGAGGAGGAGGAGGAGUAUGUGGUGGAGAAAGUGUUGGACCGCAGAGUGGUGAAUGGAAGAGUAGAGUUCCUGCUGAAAUUGAAGGCGUUCUCAGAUGAGGAUAACACAUGGGAGCCGCAAGACAACCUGGACUGCCCCAACCUUAUCGCCGAGUACAUGCAGAAACACAAGGAGAAGGAGGAGGAGGAGAAGGGGGGCAAGAGGAAAGUUGUCAGUGAGGCCUCGGGAGACUCAGAGGAGCGAGGGAGCAAGAGGAAGAAGGAGGAGAAACAGAGAGGAGGAGAGGGACCCAAACGUCACCACUGUCAACACUGUGACAAAUCCUUCACAAGAUCUGGAUAUUUAAAGAUUCAUCAGAGAGUUCACACUGGAGAGAAUCUACACAGCUGUGAUCACUGUGGGGCAGCUUUCAUAGAAAAGAGAACCCUAAUAAUACAUCAACGCAUUCACACUGGAGAGAAGCCUUACAGCUGUGAUCUAUGUGGUGCAACAUUUUCUAGGAGUGAUAGCCUAGAAAUGCACAGACCUGUUCACACUGGAGAGAAGCCGUACUGCUGUGAACAAUGUGGGAAAAGUUUUACACAUAGUAGUACCCUUAAAAAACACCAGCGCAUUCACACUGGAGAGAAGCCGUACAGCUGUGAUCAAUGUAGUAAAACUUUUUCUGAGAGCGGUAACCUUAAAUCUCACCAGCGCAUUCACACAGGAGAGAAGCCGUACUGGUGUGACCAAUGUGGGGAGACUUUUUCUCAUAGUAGUACCCUUAAAAGACAUCAACGCAUUCACACUGGAGAGAAGCCUUACAGCUGUGAUCUAUGUGGUAAAACUUUUUCUCAUAGUAGUGACCUUAAAUAUCACCGACGUGUUCACACAGGAGAGAAGCCGUACUGGUGUGAACAAUGUGGGGAAAUGUUUUCUCAGAGUAGUCACCUUAAAAGACACCAGCGCGUUCACUCUGCCUCGUUGUGAACAUG